UUCGCUCCCAGGAGACCGGUCUGCCAGUUAAAUCCUAAAAGGAGUCAGUGUGCAUCCACUUUUUUUUACGGGCUUCUUGUUCUUUAACUAUUUCGGCUGGGUGUCUCGGCACUCGGGAAAGGAGUUAAAAGGAGGCGCGCAGGUUCGGAUCCAUGAUAAAAUUGAAGAUGAGAGACUUUAGCAAGUGGAAGAAAAGCUGAAAGUUUUGAGAAAGAAAUAAUGAGCUCAAACCCCACUGCCAAACGAGGAGAAGGGGUACAGACCCCAAAAGCUCAACAAUCUCCAGCUAGACAAUUGUAUGGUCAGUCUGGACAAAGCAACCCAUCUGUGCUGACCACCGAUUCAUCAGUUCACAGUUUCCCAUCUCCAUCUCCUUUACCACAGCAACUGACCAAGCAUGUGGAUGUAUGCAGUGACUGGGACAGCAUUGAAGGAUUAUAUCAUCGGGAGUUGGAAGAGGUUCGGGCCAGGGCUGCUCAGAUGGAAAAGACCAUGCGCUGGUGGUCAGACUGCACUGCUAACUGGCGAGAGAAAUGGAGCAAGGUGAGGGCGGAAAGAAACAAGGCCCGUGAGGAAGUACGGCAGAUGCGGCAGAAACUGGAGUCAGUCGUGAAGGAGUUAGCUGCCAUGAAGAGAGAAAAGCAGGAACUGUUAAAUGAAAAUGAGCAACUGAGAAGGGAUGCAAAAUCAACAGAAACACCAUCAGCAGCUUUGGUCAAACUGGAGGAAUAUGAACUCAAUGCGCUAGAACAGGAACCUGUCAAAGAUGUCAAAAAUAAUAAAAAUCCACCAUCCCCAAACAAAUUCACUGGUUCACCAAAGAAGGAUUUUGAUAUAAUUGAAAAUAUACUAAGAGAUAAGCAGGAUGGAGGAGGACAAAGUCUGGAGUCUUCUGCCACUUUGAGUUUGUGUAAUUCUACCAUCUGCUCUGAAAGAUCCAAGCAUCUACUGGAAGAUACAAUGCAACCCUUUGAGGAUGACUCGAUGAAAACCGUGGCUCUACAGUUUCGUCUGGAUGAGUCACAGAAAAUACUGCAGAAGGAAAGAGAGGACAAAGCUGCACUUGGAAGGCAGAUUGAAAAACUAGAAGCAGAGUUAUCUCAGUGGAAGAUCAAAUACGAAGACCUGAGCAAAUCGAAGCAGGAAAUCCUUAAACAGUUGACCCUCCUCCGUGAUGCUCAUCAGAAUGAGCUUGGAAGAAUCUCGGAAGAUCUGGAAGAUGAAGUUGGAGCAAGAUCUAAUAUGGACAGGAAAUUGGCUGAUCUUCGUGCUGAGUUGGAAAGACUUCAGGCUGAGAACUCUGCUGAAUGGGGGAAAAGAGAGCGGUUAGAGACGGAGAAACUGGGGUUGGAGAGGGAUAACAAAAAAUUAAAAGCCCAGAUUGAAGAACUGGAGAAGCUGCUGGCAAAGAGGAGUCAACAAACCACAAAUUUAAAUGAUUCUGAUGUCAAAGCUAUGCAAAGCGAACUAUUUGAGAAAAAUAAGGAACUGUCUGACCUUCGACAUGCCCUCAAUAAACUGAAGAAACAAUACCAAGACAAAAUGGCAGAGCUUACUCAUUCCAAUAGAAGAGUUGAACAGCAUGAAUCUGAGGUGAAGAAGUUAAGAUUGCGUGUGGAAGAACUGAAGAAAGAACUAGCACAAACAGAAGAUGAGUUGGAUGACUCACUGAACCAGAUCAGGAAACUGCAGCGUUCCUUGGAUGAACAGACAGAAUUGAACGACAAUCUUCAAGUCCAGUUUGAUCACUUGCAGACGAGGUUAAGAAGACAGCAGACAAGCUCACUGUUUGGGAUAAAGCGAAGCUCAGUGUAUAGCCCUGACGACUCUGCAGAAGCAAUCAGUGAAGAAGAUGACCUGGAACUCAAAGUGAAAUAAGAUGACAGUUCGUGUGUAACCUCUGUGAAAGCAGGAAAACUGGUAAAAGAUAGAAAAUAAAUGACUCCUCUCCUGGGUCAAAUAUCAAACAAACAACAUCUGUCAAGAGAAAAAAAAAAUGAAAUGGCAAAACAUUUGGGAUAAAUUAAAUCAAAGCUCUUAGAUCCUUUAGAGAUUUACUCUUCAGCAGAAUGAAAUAAUAAUUGUUCAAAACAUUAAAUUCUAAAAAACACUGUAUACAUUACUGGUGUAUGAAAUAUGGCAAUAUAUUUUGAAUUAUAAAAGCAUAUACUUUUGUAUUCAUAGAUACUAGAGGUGUACAGUUAACUUGAUGCUGAAUAACCUGUAAAUUCUAAUGUCAGAGAACCAAAGGGAUAUAUUUGGGCUUUUGCUCAAUAGGAACAAUCAGUUACAAUUUGCAAUUUAAGAGAAAAAGUAUUCUUUGUUACUGCUAAUCUGUGACUAGGAGAGAGUAUUUUUCAAGGGAGGAAGCAUAAAGAAGUAGGGAUGGGUGGAAGAAGUGAAAAGUGGUUGGAGGCUGAUACAAGGUAAUGCUCAGGGAAAAGCGAUAUGUUUCCAAGUCAGGUUGUUGCUGCAAGAGACUUGGUUCCCUUCAGCAUAAGGCUCUGUUGACUGACAGAGACUGAAAAUGUUCUCUGUGAGGUAUCAUGCAUGUAAAUCCACUUCCUACUCCGUUUUGUUGCAACUCCAGUCCACUGUGUAACCUUGCCCUUUGCUAUUGUUAAUGUACUUGAUUCCAUGAACCUUGCACUCAUAAAGCAACAUUAUCCACCCAGCUGUCACAAGGGAUACCCUCUGGUCUCUAAAAUGCUCCUUCUUUCUGGUGUACACACCUAUUUAACAUCAGGAUCUUAUCUGUUUGCACCUGCAAAAUAAUUAAAUUCUGUUCUCAAUGCUCGAUCAGGCUUUUAUUUCCCAAGUUGUAAUUAGCUUCCUUUUUAUUAAGCCCUUUCUACAUUACUAAUCUUGUAGCUCUAUCUGUUGUUUAUUAUUAAGCAUGCCAUAGCGUCUACAAGUAUCUCAUUGGGUGUGAACAUUCAGAUCUGUCUGCCAUUGCUACCAUAUAUUCAGAGGGUUAAUAGAUGUUCAGCAGAGUGGUGAAAAGAUGCUCCAUAGAGUGAUGAACAGCAAUUGUACCUGCACUUUGGUCAGCUGCUGCUCACUCUACAUCAGUCCAGAAGCCAGCUCUUCAGACUCAGUGUCUAAGGAGAACUCCUUUCACCAAAUCUAAAGGAGGCAUUGUCACUGUUUUACAUCGUACGGGAACCUGAGCCACAAGGGCACAGCCCUUUGUUCUGAAAGUCAUCAAAUCCAAGCUGUUUUGUGAUUGAAUCCUUUUAAAAUGUUAAUGGUAGUGUUUACGCUAAACCAACACAGCAAUUAAGGCUAAUGUGGUCAUCAAAAACUAACAAAAUUCCCAUAUCAUAUUCCACCACUGUACAGGUAUUGUUGAACUGCAGAAACAAGAAGAUGCAGCUGGAUGGUGAGUCUGCAUGAUGACUCCCAUCAAAGUCACCCACUGUGUCGGAACCUUCUUAAAGAGUGGGUAGAAUGGGCCAGCUGGCUGCCAGAGAGCCAAAGUUACUUUCUGAAAUACUGGCUAUUGAUAGCUAUGAAGCAUUCCCAAACUGGGGCAGGCAGGAACUACAUGUCCCACGUGGGCUCAGUUCAAACACAGGUGGUAUAUUGGAACAGUUUCUGCUGUUACAUUGGAUCAGGUUCUGCUCUGCUGUCUUUGGAAAAUCACUCAGGUUAAUUAUAUUCUGUGGCACCCUGCGGCAAACAGAGAAGAAAGAAGAAUAGAAGGAGGAAAAAGCUGAUGUACAGCCAAAAAAAUCAGUGUAUCAAUACUUUGAUUAGAGAAUUUCUCUUAGAAGCUGCUUUAAACUGCUUGUAACAAUGACACUUUCUGCACAUAAAGGACUGAUACAGUCCUGUGGUCUUUACAAAAUGCUGUAACCACAUUAAUGUCUGCAAAGACUGUUACUACUAUUUUCUACAGAUAUAUUAUGGAUACUCCUAAAGCACUCAUAUAUCUUUUCUGAAUACUAAUAGCUCAUGAUCAUUCAGCCCACCCAGUCAGUACCAUUCCUUCACCAUUCUGUUGCCUACCAUGAGUUCUGAUAAUUAUUUGCAACACAAAAAAAAAGUACUUGUUCCUGUGUAAUAGCCUGUGUAGACAAAGCCCUGACUUUAACUCCCAGCAGACAAGGAGACUACAGUCUGUCCAUCCAUAGAACAUAGAACAAUACAGCACAGGAGCAAGCAUUUCAGCUCAUUAUAUUAUGCCAAACUAACUAAACUAGUAAUUAAGUGCCUAACUAAACUAAUCCCUUCUGCCUUUACAACAUCCAUAUCCGUCCCUUCUCUGCACCUUUAUGUGCCUAUCUAAGAGCCUCUUAAAUGCCUCUAUCAUACUUGCCUCCACCACCACCCCUGGCAGCACAUUCCAGGCACCCACUACUCUCUGUGUAAAAUAAAAACCUGUCUGCACAAUUCCUUUGAACUUACCCCCUCUCAAAUGCAUUCCCUCUAGUAUUAGACAUUUCAACCCUGGGGAAAAGAUACCGGCUGUUUAUUCUAUCUAUGCUCUUAUAAUCUUAUAAAUCUCUAUCAGGUCUUCCCUCAGCCUCUGCUGCUCCAGAGAUAACAAGCCAAGUUUGUUCAACCUCUCCUUAUAGCACAUGCCCUCUAAUCCAGGCAACAUCCUGGCAAACCUCUUCUGCACCCUCCCCAAAGCCUUCACAUCCUUCCUAUAAUGGGGCAACCAGAAUUGAAUACAGUACUCCAGAUGCAGCCUAACCAGAGUUUUAUAAAGCUGCAAAUUCUUCUUUGGUAUAAGGCCUGGGUGAAUUUGACUUUGCCAUUUUUGGUAUUGGUAGUGUGGUGUCUGUGGUAUCUGCAGAGUGGGUGGUAUUUCAGGGCAUAGGAAGUAGUCAAUGGGGACCCUGCAAAAGUAACAGGUUAGUGAUAACUCCAAGCAGAUGAGAGGGAAGGGAGUCGAGUCCUUCUUUAACUACAUCGUCAAAGGAUAAGUUUAACUAGAAGUCAUUGUGCUGCCCCACCAGGCCAACUGAAGGCAAGCACUGCUGCUGCCAGAAAAGGUGCCUUUUGCCAGUGUGUUAACCUGGUGGGAAAACGCAAUGCCCUCUUGUUAAAUUUACAGUUGGUCAUCUCCUCAGGUCCUAACAAGGAACCUUCCUCUUCCACAGACUUGCCUUUCCUUCCUUGACCACAAUGCACUACCACCUAUCUGACAGACAGCCCCACUGACACAUCUUGUCUCUUGAAACCCCACCCACUCCAGCUUCCACCAAUUUGAAGCAGGUAACCAAUGCCGCAGAUAAAGAAAAGAUUCUAAAAGUCAAAUUUAUUUAGCCCCCACACUGAAGAAAGAAGGAGUUAAAGUCAGGGUUUGUCGAUGGAGGUCAUUAUAGAAUAGGUGCCAAAGUCUUUCACUGUUGCAAAUAAAUUUUAGUUUAUUAAAGAUUGGGUGGGUUAGGCUUGACCCAAAUCUGGCCACUUCUAGGUUUAAUGGAGCUGAGACAAGAGGCAAAUGAGGAGGUGAGCUGGCAAUUUAAAUACAUUAGUGGGGCUGAUAGCAUCAGACUUAUCCUGUUUUGCAGGUUUCACAGUGGACAGCUCUGUUUCCCAGGCAUUGGAAAAGCUAGCACCUAAGGGAGCCAAGGCUUGUGGAAAAGGUAUCUUAAUAGCCCUGUUUGUGGAUUAGAUGUAGAUGCUUCAACCAGCAGACCAUUCUCCCCAUACAAAGCUCAUCGUUUACUAUAAUCGAUACCAUUCCCCCUCUCCCCCUGUCAGCCUGGAUUGUCCACACCUCCCUAAUUCAGGCCUAUUCUAGUGGCCUCUGCCUGAAUGAAUGCAAAGCUGGCUUCUGGGCAGUUGCCUGUCAAACUCAAAAGAUGUACAUUGUGCAGUUAGAACACCACAGCAAGGUAGGUUACCCGAAUCUCUGGGCUUCCCAUCUAAACACCACUCACCGUUCGAUGCCCAUUAGGGUCACCAACUUAUCGCCCUACCCCUAACCCAUGUAGUCUACCCCCCGCAUUAACACCAGUGCUUUACUGCUUAUGCCUCCAGCAUUUAAACUUGGCAGAAGUGUGAAUUGCAUAUACCAUUAUUCCUUCCCAGUUUUGUGCGCCUUCUAAAUGCCAUUGCUGCGGAAUAGCAAAGGUCGUGUUGAGAUCCUGUGACUAAGCAGUGACAGACUUUCUUCUUUCCAUGGUCCUGUACUUGCUGGCUGUUCCUGUGUCUCCUUUGCGAUCUCGGACAACUGUUGCUAAUUUGCUGGAUCUUUCAGUACCCUGGGGGAUAACUUAUCAUUGCUUCUUCUUCCUGCACUCCAGUUGCUAACUGCCUCUUGCAGACAAUAUGGGGUCUGCGCGGGAACAGAGCCUUGCCUGACAACAGGGUACAUUGUCGGGAGGAGGUCUAAAACACUGCCAAAUGUGUGAACUUGAACGGCAAAUAAGAAGUUGAAGAAAACUUACUUUCUGCAAGGAGACUACUGGCUGGCGACUGUGAAGAUUGAGGCUAUGGUGACUCUCAGAUUCCUUACCAUCUUUCCCCGUGGCUGCAGCAGAUCUCUGCCAUGCCGCCCACUCUGCUGUUCACCAGGGAGUCAGAGAUGUCACGAGGCACUCUGUUUGCAAAGAAGUGAUGCUGUCUGCUUUGAUUCCAGUGAGGAACAGGGACCAUCUUGGUACAGGGAUUUGCCAGCAUUACUGGCAUCCCACGCGUGCAGGCAGUCAGUGUAAACUGUUCAGGGCUCCCCUUAAUAACUCAAGGCUUUUUACAGUCAGCAAAACUUUCCCAUGCAACUCAUUGUGGAUUUCAAGGAGAACUUUCUCAUUGCAGAUGCCAUGUUUUCAGGAAGGACUCUUUCAUCCUGAGGGAAUGAAUACUGCUGGAUGUUUUCACUGGCCAUUCCUUAAUGCAGGGAUGUCUCCUAGGGAACAAGGGCUACCUACCUUAGACUACCCUAACUACUCUACCUAUUUUGCACUCCUACCACAGCAUCCUUGCCAAUUAAAAAAAGGUGUCUGAUGCCAAAAAGGAGCAAGAAUACCUGGAACGUGGAGAGCUGCUGAGGAAGAGAAAGGGUACCAGGGAAAGUCUCUGCUCGGCAUCCUCAGCCUCAUCUCCAAGCUUAGCAGCUGAGGCAUUGGCCACACGGGAAAUAAGAGACUCCCUUAUGGGGAGGUGAUUUUCAUAAGCGCUCUGCAAAAUAAAUUCUCCCAUUGCAAACCAAGUGAUUCUCUCCACACUACCAACCCAAGCACCAACGUAGUUCACUAAUAAUCAGCCAGUAAAGUCCAGAUAUUGCAUAAAAUUCCCCCACAUCCUGCUGUGCAACCUGCACUGAACGUAACACUAUGAAUGAGUGAAUCCUAACUCCAUUAUUUCAACAGCCUACUGCACAUCUCUGAUGAAAAUCUCCUUGCUUAAAGGACUCAGACCUCGACAUGAAAUAAAUUUUCAGUGAGGAUCUCCACUCUGCAGUAUGCAGAUCACUAUGUCAAAUCUUGUGAGAUUAUGAUAUUGCAUUCAGCAUUGUUCCAUGGUAUCCAGACUUUCACUCCAAGGGGAUGCUACCGUAGUCACCUUGGGCCACUCUUCCAUAAUGAUUGGUUUUGCAAGUCUGCUGUCCCUCCCCCACAUGCACAAGACCUUUUCCUGGCAUGCAUCUCAUUGACUUGGACUUGCAUGUUCAUCUCCCCUGCAGCCAUUUAGUCAAACCAUGUUGUUACUGUGUGGCUGCCUUGGGGAGUGUGCUUUUAAAGGUUGACACAUUCUCUGAAUGUGAUGCAGCAAAGUAGUGGGAAACAAAUUGACGUACGGGUAGUUUAAUAUGGGGGUUUAAAAUGGGCAGUGCAGACUCGUUGGGCCGGAAGGGCCUGUUACCACGCUGUAAAUAAAUAAAAUAAAAAAAAAAUUUAAUUGGUCCUAUCAGGAACCUUCUAUGUCCUGGUCCUGGCACCUGUUUCUUGGUGUAAGCCACCCUAUUGCUGUUUCCAACAGGAUUUUGGCUAAUUUUGCAAUGCAGGGAAUCUGAUUUGGCACUAAGGCUAAAUGCAGCCACAAUUUAGCAGACCAAGCAAGGAUCCAACCUAAUAUCUGAGUAAUAGUAUACAAGAUGGGUUUGAGGAUGAGAUGAGUUUUUUAAUGCUAAUGAUUCCAUGUUAAGGGUCAUAGAUCCUUAUUAGUGCAGUGCCCUGCUCACUCCCAAUAAUCCUACAACUUGAUCAAUGCCUAAAAUAGCAAGGCAAUCCUUUUAUUUGGACCCAAUCUUAAUUGAGAGUAAUUUAAAACCUUUCAUUAAGCCAUAGAAUUCCCUAUUUGUUUGCACAUGGGUUACGAACAUGACAAAGAGCAUUGACACGUCUGGUUACUUCCUGUUCAUGAUGUUCAUUAUGGUGAUUUGAAGGAUUCCUUUUAGCUUCAGAAAUCACAACCUUCCUCUCAUCUACCUACUUCAAUGGCACAUAGAGAGCCUUCUCUGCACCGGUAACUAUUCCCAUGAGUGAGGUCAGAAGAUGCUGUAUUCCUUUCACUAUCCACCAAACACUCAUGUAACACAGUUUAUGUUGUAAGUAAGGUGAUCAGCUGAGGUCAGUUCCAUGCUCUGUCUGCCAGGGUCCAGCUUGUAUAUUGGAGACUCAAGAGACUGCAGAUGCUGGAAUCCAGAGCAACAAACAAGAUGCUGGAGGAACUCAGUGGGUGAGGCAGCAUCUGUGGGGGAAAUGGACAGUCGAUGUUUUCGAUCGGGGCGCUUCAUCUGGACACAGCACCUUGUUCGUUACUCUUGCUUGUAUAUGGUUUCCUUAAUGUGGAAAGGCAUCCCAAGAGAUCUCACAGAGACACAGUCAGUAAAAGGAGAUAUAAGGAAGGGAAAGGGGGGAGGGGAGGGAGGUUUGAUUAAAGAGAUUAAAGGAGAUGGAGAGGGAGAGAGGAUGGAGGCCAGGACAAGGAAAAGGUUUGCAGAGCACGGGACCAAACAUGGCUGAAGGUUUGGCCACUAAUGGUAGGACAGCGGUAUUGGAGAAAAUUAGAUUUGAAAGAUUGCAGGGUUGGAGAAAGUUGCAGCGAAAGGCAGGUGGAAUGAUAAGAAGAGUUUUAGUAUGAGGAAGAGAACUUGAGCUGUCAGACAUCCAGAGCCCAGAGCCAAUGUAAGCCAAUGGGGACAGAUGUGAUAGGUGAGUGGGGCAGAGCGCAGAAUAGAUUAAAAACAGCCUACUUUGAACAAGCUGAAGUUUACAGAAGGAAGAGGCAAGGAGGCCACCCAGCAGGGAAAUGCAUCAAUCAUAUCUGGGGAUCAUAAAAGCAUAGAUACAAGCAGUGAGUCAAAGGUGAAAAUAGGUUGUCUUAAUGAUGAAAAAUAUAGAUUGGAAGCUCAGUUCAGUAUCAGACUGAAUGCCUACACUGUGAACUACGAAGCAAUAGAGAAACGGAGAAACAGAUUGGGUGGCUACUAUGCGGAGUUUGUAAUGGGGUGUAAUUGGUUGGAAUUGGUCCUCAUCUGAAAUUGAAUUUUAUGCAAGUCAUCUGACAGCACCAGGGAUGUGGAGAGGCAGACCUUAUUGUUGUCAUCUUUCCACAAAUGCAAGCUGACCUCCUCAUUGUGGAUGAUGCUACCAAGCAUUAUGAUAGAGAGGAGGGAAAUGAGGAUAGAGCCUUGGGGAAUGCUCAGUCUCGUGAUGAGGAGGUUGUUGGAGAUGCUGUAACUAAAUAAAAAGAGGUGAAAGAAGGUGAAAGUGUAGCAGCAUAGAGCUGGACAGAGGCAUAGGUUGGGGAUGUGUGGCCAAUUGUGUAAAAGAUUUCAGUGAGAUUGAGAAGAAUGAGGAGGACCAAAGUGCCAUGGCCACAUUCGAAUGGAAUAUUAUUUGUCACCUUGGAGGAAAUGUCCAUGAGGCUGGAAUGAUUUAAGAUGAAAUCAUAGGAAAAGUAAGCAAGAAUAUAGGAGAAAACAACAUGUUCAGAAACUAUGGAAAGGGAAGCUGAAGAAGGGAGCGAUUGUCUACAAGGACAGGAGACUCAAGGGUUAUUUUGUGAGAAGGGGACCGAUGAUGGCAGAAUUGAAAUGGAGAGCCGCAGCACUUGGAGGGGGAUGAUGUACAACAUCAGCUCACAAGGGUCUGGAAGGGAAACUGGCUGAUAAGCUGUCUUAGAGCAAGGGUGUUUCUCAUGGGUCAAACAAGAUUGGACAAAACGUGAGGGAAAAUGGGAAUUUAGAAGUUUCAGGGGUUGUGCAUUGCAACAUAAUUAGCCUGGAAAAGGUUUGUCUUGGGCAAGGGAAUGGUGGGGUUUGGAGGGUGUUCCAUGCUGUGUAACAGUGGGAUUCAAAUGAAUUCUUUUGAAUUUAUGACAAGAAAGUUCAUUAAUUCCACAUGCAUGGAAGAAACUAGAGGGUUACCUUUGCUCACUAGGAUCACCCUGAAUACCAGCAUGAAAAUGCAUGUACCAGUUUUCCCAGAAAAGUGGAUUCAGUCUUUGCGUGUAAACUUCUGUUAUUUAGAAGCUGAAAUAUCCAAUCAUAAUUUGUUAUCAAAAAUCAGGUGAAUUAGCAAGUGAAUACUGUAUAUACAGCAUUAUCUGUACCCCAGUUUAAGUUCAGUAUGUGCGGUUCAGCACACUUAUUAAUGUACAUUUAUAGUGUAUUAUAGAAAGUUUGCUAAACCGGUAAAGGCUACACUGUAUCCAUGCUGUUUUAUCAUUGUAGCUCAAGCAAGUACAAGUACCUAUUUUGGUAAAAUAAAUUGACCAU